GCAAUAACAGCAUCAAUCUACCAGGGGUGUUUCCCUUGUGCUAGCCCUGUCCACCAAUGACGGAGGUUGAUUGAUCGACGAGAAUUUUUUUUUUCUCUAAACACAAGUAUUUUUUUUCUGAAAAUUCCAUAGUGCGACAGAAUCCAAGUUGUUCUAAACAUUUCUCACAUUUCUUCAACGAAAAUUUCACGUCAGAGUACCAGGUCUUUAUACUUGAACAUCAUCAACUAACAUUGCAGCCAUGACGGACGAGGUCGAUGUAGCAAUUGCUACCUACGAGGAGCUGAUGGACCUCGAGAAGGACUUUGAUGACGUCGAGACUGAAAUCAUUCGUCAGCAAGUUGCUAUGAACAAGCCUCUCUAUGAGAGGAGAGCAGCAUUAGUCGCUAAGAUCCCCAAUUUCUGGGCCUUGGUUUUUGAGCAGGCACCCCCAGACCUAGAUCAAUACAUUCAACCCAGCGACUCUGCUGUUCUCCUAUCCUCAUUGACUUCUGUCUCGGUCUCCCACUUUGAGAUUGAAAAUGGUGGCAAGGGAGACCCUCGCAGCGUUUCCAUCAAACUAGAGUUCUCCGAGAACGAGUGGUUUGAAGACAAAGUACUUGAGAAGAAGUUCUGGUAUCGUGUCUCUAAAGACGGCGAGGAGGGCCUGGUUAGCGAGCCGGUCCCCAUUAAGUGGAAGUCGGCGGAGAAGGAUCUCACUCAGGGACUACUCGACUUAGUAAUGAAGGUUUGGGAAAACGACAAGAAGAAUGGCCCUUCAGACAGCACGAAGAUCAAGAAGGUGAAGGAUUACACGGCCGACGAAAAGGCGUUGAGUGAAAAGAUCGAGGCCACUGGCCUGGGUGCAGUUUCUUUCUUCGGCUGGUUCGGAUAUAGAGGCUUGAAUGUCUCUGCCGAAGAGAGCCGACUAGCUAUCGAAGAAGACAAGAAGAGGCGGGCCGAGAGAGCUGCAGGCAAGAUUCCCGACCUCGAGGAGGUAAAGGAUGAGGAGGAUGAAGAUGAGGAUGAGGACCCCUUGGCCCUUGAGAUUUUCCCCGAUGGGGAAGAAGUCGCUCUCGCUAUUAGCGAUGACCUCUGGCCUAACGCUAUCAAAUACUUCAGCCAAGCUCAAGAGGUCGAUGUUAGCGACGUAGACUUCGAAGAUGAGGAUGAAGAGAUGGGCGAUGACGACGAAGAGGAAGAGAAACCCAAAGCCAAUGGUUCCUAAUUUCACUAUAUUACAGCUCGCACAAAAUAAUCGCUAGAUUCGAGGUUUCGCGGUGGAAGAUUGUUGAUGAUGUUUGAGAAAAUGGGGAAAAGGGGGUUAUAUACGCUUGUGUUCCGAUACCAAUGACAUCGAACCUAUAUAGAGUGCUGAGAAACAGAUUUUUAUCUCGGAUUAGAAUUAAUUAGCAUGGGGAGAACUUUAGUUGCAGAUGCAUCUGGGUGAACUCGAUUGACGAUGUCAAUUCGAGCCCCUGAAUAAUUAUACCACACCUGUCAUCGGG